AUGUCUGGUGGAAAAGGUGGAAAAGCAGGAACUUCUGAAAAGGCUUCGACAUCUAGAUCGUCUAAAGCUGGUUUGACUUUCCCAGUUGGAAGAAUCCACAGAUUGCUCAGAAACGGAAACUACGCUCAAAGAGUGGGUUCUGGUGCCCCAGUUUACUUGACUGCUGUGUUAGAGUAUUUGGCUGCCGAAAUUUUGGAGCUGGCCGGUAACGCUGCUAGAGACAACAAAAAGACCAGAAUCAUCCCAAGACACUUGCAAUUGGCCAUCAGAAACGACGAGGAACUGAACAAGCUGCUCGGUCAUGUGACUAUUGCUCAAGGUGGUGUUUUGCCAAACAUCAACACCGAGCUCUUGCCUAAGAAGGUCGGUAAGAAGGAGUCCCAAGAAUUAAGAGUGCUCAAGUUCGUCAGAGAACAAUACGAGUCUAUCUCCAAGAGAUUCAAUAACAACACCGAGAGAAAGGAGGAGACUCCAGCCGAGGAAACGCUUCCUGUUGAAGAGGCUCCAGCCGAGGAGGCCGCUCCUGCGAAGGAGGCUCCAGCUGAGGAGCCUGAACAAGCCGCCGCCAAAUAA